GUCAAAAUAUAUAGAUUCAAAUUUCAGGUUUGUUAUCAGUGUGCAUUUUCGAGUAGCGUGUAUUUUGACGUAGACAUUGAUUCGAAUCUGAAAUUUGAACCCAUACCUCAAGGUUAUACGUCCAACCUCCGCACACCACAUAUAUUCGUUCUAUAAAAGGGAGGUGAAGUGAAGCACGAAGCAUAGAGCAUAGAGAUUAGAGAGAGAGAGAGAGAGUCCAAAAAGACAUCAAGUCAAAUCGGCUAUUAUUUGCACAUAUAUAUAUAUACUUAAAAUGAGCAGCAGCAGCAGCAGCAGCAGCGGAGGAUUAGCAGGCAGCCCUAACAGCAUCAGCUCUGGUUCUUCUUCUUCUUCUUCAGGAGUUAAUAAUAAUACUGUUACAGCAUGUGGAAUAAAGGGAGUAGAAGUAGUAAGCAGGGUGGGUGGGGGGUUGCAGGAGGAGUUCAGGAUGCCAUUGCAGUACCCGCGGUACAAGAAGUGGGAGUACGAGGAGAUGCCCGAGUGGCAGCUCGACCUUCUCCUCGCUCAGUACGGACUUCUUCCCUCAUGGUUGUUAUUAUCAUUAUCGGAUGAGGAUCACCACCACCACCACCACCAUCUUCUUCACCGGAAGCGCCAAUUCGCCAUAGGUGCUUUCAUCUGGCCCCCCACCACCACCACUACAGCUACUACCCACCACCAACACUCCAGCUCCAACAUCACCAGCUAGCUACCUAUCGAGAAUAUCCAUCUAUUUACAUGAUCUAUAUCUACUUCUUCUGCUUCUCUUUAUCAAUAGUUUGUAUGUUUGUGUGUCUUGUUUCUCAAUAAAGGUUCAUGGGUACAAUAAUAA